AUGAAUCUCACCUCCCUCGUCUCGUCUUUGCUUCUCGGCUUCACUGUUAUAGCCUUGGCGGUGCUGUACAGAUAUAGUCGCAAUCGGUCGACGUACACAACGAUUUGUUAUCCCCCUGGGCCAAAGGUAACGAAGAUGCCGACUCAUGAUGCCUGGGCAAGAUAUCGAGAAUGGGGAAAGGAGUACGAAUUUGAACCAACAGGCGGACUAAUUUACGUUAGCAGCGCAAACGCAUUGAUCAUCAACAAGGCUGAGGUUGCUAUCGACCUGCUGGAAAAACGUGCCCGCAUCUAUUCAGAUCGAGCUGUGACUCCUAUCAUGAAGCUAUGUGGAGCAGAUCUAAACCUUGCACUCGAACCGUACUCCGACAGAUGGCGUAGGGACAGAAGACUUUUUCAGCAAGUAUUUCGACAAGCUACAAUCAGUCGCUUUUAUCCGGCACAACACUCUAAGAUAAAUGAAUUCCUGCGUGAAUUGUUAUUUGCACCUGAUGACUUCAUGGACCAUACCAUGGCGCUUUCACAAAGACUUGUAUACUCUGCACUUUAUGGGUUAGACAUCAGUCCUGGAGAUUCACUUGCACAGAAAGCCCAAAAUGCAGUAGGGGGCAUUGGAAAAUCUUUACUCAGUGGCAGCUUCCCAGCACUUGAGCGGUUCCCAUUUUUGCGCUUUAUGCCCUCCUGGUUCCCGGGGUGCGGUUUCCAACAAGUUGCAGAACAGUGCCGGAAAAAUAUUAAAGAGAUAGACACCGUUCCGUUCAAACUUGCAGUCACUAAUAUGGAAAAUGGUACUGGUACUUCCCCUCUAGCUGAAUUGGCGGCGAGGAAACCCACAGAGAUCGAGGCAAUCAAAGCAAUGGGUACAGUGAGCUACCUUGCCGCCGCGGACACGAAUAAAGGACAAGAAGAAAUAGAUUCCGUGAUUGGCAAGAAUCGAUUGCCCAACCUCGAAGACCGCCGCUCCUUGCCUUACGUCGAAGCUAUCUAUCGUGAAGUUAUGCGAUUGCACCCCCCUCUUCCCCUAGGAUGUGUGGUCUACCCUAAUAUAUGGUUGGUGUAUUUUCUUUGUUGGGUUAAUGCAUUGACCACUGGGUAUAAGGGCUAUGAAUCGGGACCCAGAUACUCCGAAUUUGGGCCAUUCGAAAGCAUCAACAACAUCUAUGCAUUCGGGUUUGGGCGACGAGUCUGCGCUGGUCGAUAUAUGGCCGAGAACACCGUUUGGCUUACAGUGGCCUCUGUUCUGGCAACCUUCACUCUGAGUAAGGCGAAGGAUGAACAAGGAUCUGUCGUUGACGUACCCGGUGAUUACACGGAUGAGUUCUUCUGUCAUCCCAAACCUUACCGAUCUACUAUAACUCCUCGCAGUCCAGUAGCAAGGGACUUGAUUCUGUCUACAACAAAUGACCCUUAA